GUCCUUUCUUGCGAUAGGCUAGCUGCCGAAACGGUGUAACGAGUCACAUUGUUUUACUCAACUGUGUUAUAUUGUCAAAAAUAACACCAAUAUAUGUGGAUUAGAUUGUUUUGGGAAUGUUGAUCAAAUCCAGGUUUCACUCGGUUUGGUUAUUUUCGCCCUAACUGACACAAUAGUUUUGUUUUUGAACGUCGAAGGGUGUGUGUGUUUUUUUAACGGUCGCCGUCAACACAGCAGCAACGUUAGCAUUAGCGAAGCAAUCAAGCUAACGUGCUCAAACCCACGUACUUCCGAUAUUUAGCCGAAUAAAAUCAGAGGGAGGCGUUGAUGAGCAGCAAUGUCUGGCAUCGCUCUUAGCAGACUGUCCCAGGAGCGCAAAGCCUGGAGAAAAGACCACCCGUUUGGUUUUGUUGCUGUGCCCACCAAGAACCCCGAUGGCACCAUGAAUCUGAUGAACUGGGAGUGUGCCAUCCCAGGGAAGAAAGGAACCUUGUGGGAGGGAGGACUCUAUAAACUCAGAAUGCUGUUCAAAGAUGACUACCCCUCCUCACCACCCAAAUGCAAGUUUGAGCCACCAAUAUUCCACCCAAAUGUCUACCCAUCCGGCACCGUGUGUCUGUCCAUCCUGGAGGAGGACAAAGACUGGAGGCCUGCCAUCACCAUCAAACAGAUCCUGUUGGGUAUCCAGGAGCUGCUGAAUGAGCCCAACAUUCAAGACCCAGCACAAGCAGAGGCUUACACAAUUUACUGUCAGAACAGGAUGGACUAUGAGAAGCGAGUAAGGGCACAGGCCAAGAAGUUUGCCCCCACAUAGAGAGGAGUGCCGGCCUCUACUCCGCCUGAGCAGCCUGAACUGAUGGAGGUUACAACCAGGAGGCAGGCAGCACCUGAUGGACCACUCCAAUAAGAAUCCAGUUUUGAGUAUUAUCAUACGAUUACACAGGUGACAAGGGAAGCCUGCUUUUCUUUUCUUCCUUUUUUUUUUUUGUUUGCACAGGAAAAGUUCAAUAGGGUCAAUAAAGUUCUUUAAGUUCAUAAUUUUACCUUCUUCAGAAAAUAUUUAUGCAUUUUUAAUGAAGAGCUGAGGGUCCUAGAACUGUCAGCACGACCUUUGCUAUUUGUAACUCUUGUAUAAUCCAUAUCUCCAGUUUGGUCAUGAGUGCUGCUCAGCUCACUCAUGCCUCCAUUCAUUCUGUAAAUCAUAAUUAUCUAUCAACAGAGCUGUAGAAAUGAGAUGUCCAGACCACUCUCUGUAUAGUUCAGCCGCUUGUGGCAGAGGAGAUCUAGUUUAUUCUUAAACUUCCAGUUUUGUUUUUUUAAUAUCAAACCCGAGAAGUAUUGUAGAUAGUGUUUCAUGACUAUUGGCAUAAAAUGGGACAAAGCUGAUAAUGGAAGUCCCACUGUGCUCCUGAUCCCUUGUUUUGUUUCUUUCACGUAUCCCUCACAUCUGAGUUUCCAGAGAAACAUCAAAAGAAAAAUGUCAACAUGUCAAAUUUAAUUAAAAGACAAUCCUGGCACUUGUAUAUUGGUUUGAAUCGAAACUGUGGCACUUGUGUUGGCAGGAAGUGAUGCUCUGUUCACCUCAGAGAGGGAACGAGUUAAGCCUGAUUUAUGGUAGCGCGCUCGCCACGUUUGAUGAGUGUCACUCGACAGAUAUAACUUAUUUUCGACAGGAAACAUGGAGGAGUUUGUCUCACAAUAAAUUCAGUUACAUGCACAAAUUUCUUUUGCUCAUAUUCUGAAAACUACCACUACUAAGCUGUUUACAUGGCUAAUGAAAAUGAAUAUUCCACUAAUAUUUCUGUUUACAUGCAGCCGUGCAUACUCCGAUUAACGCGCCCUAACAUGACGUCAAAAUAUGGAAAAGUAAAAUGGCUGGAGCCGCUUGUCAUUUUGCUUCUUCACAUCAAAAUAGGGUUUUUUUCACAGUGUCCUACCGGUGGCAGGUUAGAUGGGCCGUGCAAAAAAAGCCUCCCUCUUAUACUCCUUUAUUCACCUUCAUGGAAAGGUCGAUAUAACGAUAAUUGCGCAUAUAAGAACAUGUUGAUAGCUGCAGCCCAGAUCACACAGAAAGUGUUCUAGCAGCUGGAGGCAGCUUUUUGUAAUUGUUUUUAAUGAGAAUGAAGCUUCUUGCCCGCGUCGCGUUGUGACAUGCCUUGCGUUUCUGCGCUAUAGGCGCCUGACGUUUUUUGCAGAAGCGUUCUGAACUCCUGGAUUUGACAAACGCCCGACGUCAUUUCUCUAUUUCUUUGCCUUUUUUCCUCAUUGUCAAAUCAGAUCAUUUGAGAGGCAGCAGGUCUUCUGUGGUGGUCACGAAAACAAGUUUACAGUUGGUAAACAGUGGAGGAGAAACUGGUGGUCGCGGCUGCUGGAUACUCAGAGCUAUACGGCCCGAUGAUAGACAGCAGGUCGUCAAACUGCCCCUGAGUCAGCCUCAAAUAUGUCUGCAAACUGUUAUCAUGGAGGAGAAGCUCGAUGAUUGACAGGGAGCUGAUCAAUCAGUGUAGAUCAGUGUUUCCCACAGAAUUAGAAUCGCUCUCUGAAUUCAGAGGAUUGGGUGGGUCUGUGAACACAGCACAGGUGGAACUCUUCAUGACUUCCUUUUUUCCCCAUAGUUUUUUCCGGUUUGUGGGGUGGAUAAUUGACCAGUCGAUCGGAUCAGAGCUGAUCAGAUCAGAUGGAUGGAUUAGAGGAGCUUCUGCAGAGGCAAGUGAAAGCAAACUUUAAAACCUGGCACAAUUAACGGUUAAGUUUCACUGUCACGGUGUGUGACAGAGUGAAGCAAUAAACGGUACAAAUAUUCCAACAGUGCUCCUAAAGAAAGGUCCAGCUCCAAAAAUCAUAGAUUAAAACGUGGCUGUAGAUGUUUUUAUCGUGGCUGGCUGCUACAGAUAAAUGUUUGGGAAACCUGGAGAUACAUUUAACAAGUUGAAAACAUACACAGCAGGAUGUUUGUGAUUUUAAACAGCUAUCUGUGUAGAUAACGCUUCACUAAACACAACAGAAAUAGACUCAGGUCUCUGGUCACCAUGGAGACUUCAAACCUUUUGCUGAAACAUACACUGAAAACAAUACAUGACUGUUAAAUCUGUCGAGCGACAAGUAUCGUAAGUGCCGAGCGCCCUAUCAGAAAUCAGGCUCUUGUUUUUUAACAGGUGAUAAAUGGGGCACGUGGGUCAGGGCUUUGCUUUCCUCUAUAAGUUUAAAUCAUCUUUUAUUGCAGUGCAGCCAAGAUAACCUUCAGAUUCUUUAAGUGAACCAACUGGGAGUGAAACUGUGUUGGUGUUGGACUUCACGCACAUUCAACACCAGUUUGUCAUCUGCUUCCCAAACUGCCACAGUACGAGGUAGACGAGGAGCAGCAAUGUAAAAGUAACACAAACUGUUGAUGUGUGUUCGUUUCAGCGCCUGAUCAGUUAGAAAAAGCACGCCAUCGUUUUCAGUUAUUUUCUCCCACUGCGCUCACAAAACACAUUCAGACCUGUACAAAUCAAAAAACUGUUAAAUCUUCACGUUGAUUCUGGCGAACAUGAGCUGAAGGAUCCUCAUUGGAAUGGCCUCUCAACCAGCAAGGACGACAGAUGAAAGAGCACUUGAGAGUUAAGCGAAGGCCUGAGAUUUUUUUGCCUCUGAAUAUAUGAGUGCAUGUACAUAAUAUAAAUAAUGAGAAAUUGUGGAAGUUAUGUUUUAUAUUGUUUUAGCCAGUUGACAUUUGUGUGUGGUAUUAUGACAAAGAACACAAUAAAUGGCAUAAAAUUGUGAAAUAAAGUUGAAUAAAAGAACGCCUGUGAA